GGGACCGAUUGUUCGGGUUACGGUUCUCCGGGAAGGGGAAGGGUUUGUCAGACGGAAGCAGGGGACCGGAAGUGGCAGCGCGGGAGCGAGGGCAGGUGGCGGCGAUGAAUCAGAAAGUGAAGCCGGAUCGAGAGCGGCUGCGGCGGCGGGUCCGACUCUACUUGGAUCAGCAACAGUAUCAGAGUGCUUUGUUCUGGGCUGACAAGGUUGCUUCAUUGUCACAUGAGGAACCCCAGGAUAUCUACUGGCUUUCCCAGUGCCUUUACCUUACUGCCCAGUACCACAGGGCUGCCCAUGCAAUUCGAUCCCGCAAACUUGAUAAGAUCUAUGGAGCCUGUCGAUACCUUGCUGCCCAGUGUCAUUAUGCAGCCAAGGAAUAUCAGCAAGCUCUUGACAUUCUGGAUAUGCAAGAACCAAUCAACAAGAUCAUAUUGGAGAAGAAUGCCAAAGCUGACAACAAGAUCAAAGAAGCCUCUAUCGACUGGGGAUUGUCUCCUGCUGCAAUCAAGAGCUCUAUUUGCCUUUUGCGAGGGAAGAUCUAUGAUGCUAUGGAUAACCGACCCCUGGCUACAAACAGCUACAGAGAAGCAUUGAAGCUCGAUGUGUGUUGUUUUGAAGCAUUUGAUCUACUGACAUCACACCACAUGCUGACAGCACAGGAAGAAAAGGAACUGCUUGAGUCAUUGCCAUUCAAUAAACAAUGCACUGAAGAAGAACGUGAUUUGUUGUACUUUCUAUACAAAAAUAAAUUGAAAAAGUAUAACAAACCAAGUGAGACAGUAAUUCCUGAGUCAAUAGAUGGGCUGCAGGAUAACCUGGAUGUUGUAGUGUCUGUUGCAGAGAGAAAUUACUACAACUGUGAUUUUAAAACAUGCUACAAACUCACUUCAAUGGUGAUGAAUAAAGAUCCUUACCAUGCAGUUCUCCUUCCAGUGCACAUUGGAACAUUGGUGGAAUUGAACAAAGCAAAUGAAUUGUUCUACCUUGCACACAAGUUGGUAGAUUUAUAUCCCAAUAACCCAGUGUCUUGGUUUGCUGUGGGCUGUUAUUAUCUUAUGGUUGGCCACAAGAAUGAACAUGCCAGGCGUUACCUCAGUAAAGCCACCACCCUUGAGCGAACCUAUGGGCCAGCAUGGAUUGCCUAUGGCCAUUCCUUUGCAGUGGAAGGUGAACAUGACCAGGCCAUGGCUGCCUAUUUCACAGCAGCGCAGCUAAUGAAAGGGUGUCACUUACCAAUGUUGUAUAUUGGCCUCGAGUAUGGACUAACCAAUAAUUCUAAACUGGCAGAAAGGUUUUUCAGUCAGGCCUUGAGCACUGCACCCGAGGAUCCUUUUGUUCUUCAUGAGAUGGGAGUGGUCGCUUUUCAAAACGCAGAGCGUGACUGUUACAUUGCACUGCUGGCUGGUCUUCGACAUCCUGCGAAAAUCACAAAUGACCUCUGA